AUGGCGAGCGAUGGGGACCGAACGGCCAUGGCCCUAGAGGCUAUGAUGAACGACCUCGGUAAUGAUCGUCUAGAGGACCUGGCCAAGGACAAUAGCCACGCAGGAACCCGUCAGUUGCGAUGCUCUAUGCAAAGUAUGGCCGCACAGGCUGCUCAAGGUCAAAAUUCACAGGGUAACCGUGUCCUGACGAAUGAGAACGCAAGAGGUUGGAAUGUCGCCGUUGAGUCUGGCGCUUUUCAAGAUGGCGAUGCACGAGAGGUCGACGGCCUUGAUACCAUUGCUAACGGUCGUCUACACGCCAUGAAUAGGGCCAAUCAAGGAGGUGGCUGGCAUACUGGACAGCGAGACGGCAAUGCUCGCUUCGGCCAACACUCUGGCGAUCCCAUCAACUCCUCAUGGGAAGAGAUGAAGACUAGAAGAAAUGCUUCAAACAUGCCCGUCUCAACCUAUGAUCCCAACUGCCCGAGUAGGCCCCUGUCCACCACGCCCAGAUACCAGACGACCGUUCAGACUCCAAGUCGAGCCGAGAUCCGUACCCCGAGGCCUACGCCUACACCUCCACCCAACAAUGCUACUAAUGGAUGGAAUGCCUUCAGAGCACAGCAGACGUCAAGGCCAGGAAGCUCUCAGGAUACGAGCCUCCAUUCAACAGUCAGGAGUACUGCGGUGAAUGUGGCUAGCGGUGCAAAAGCACAAGAAGCAACUCCUGAGUCGAACAAAUCAACCACUCAAGUGGUCGACCACCAUCGUAGUGAAAGCAUUGGUGUCUCGAUGGAAAGAUCAGCUCACAAUUCGUCCCCGGCAGUCCUGCCGCACAUGCGAGGUCCACCAGCCAGUCAUCAAGGCAACUCAUCUACAAAAAGUACGGCUACUACGACAGUUACUUCUCUACCGGGCAGAAUAGUUUCGCAGCAAGUCAACCCUUUGAUUUCGGCGCAACUCAAAUCCAUCAAUUCGACGAUGAAGCGCCCUCCACAAUCGAUCAACGGUGAUGGAAAGGCAAGACAGGUCCAUAACACAACAGGUCGAAUUACCCAAGGUGUCAGUAUAUCCACGAUUUCACAGAGCUCUGUUUCUCCUAAAGUCGGUUCGGCGCUUCUGCCCCAUCAACGAAUGACAUCACAGGCAGCCAAUGCACCAAAGGCUAUUGUCCAACCGCAACUCAACAUUCUGUACGAUAAGAAGAUCAAAGCUUGCAGAGCAAUCACGCCUGGUAACAUCGAGACAGUGACCGGCCGGAUGUACUUUUACCAGCACCCUAGACGACAUCUGAUCAUCUGGGAAAUCAAAUGGUCUGAUGGUUGGGUCGAACGUGAAGAUAUCCGCUGCUUCAUCGACCUCUUCCGCAAAAGCCCCAGCCGAAUGAUUGUGCGGCGGUCUGGUGGCUCCCAGGCCGGUAUCCGAACUACAAUAGUUACUGUUGAAGAAGAGCCUCCUGCGCCUCUGACCGCUACAGUAGAGUUCGAAAAAAAGAUGAAAGACUUGAAGUCGAACAUCUCAGGUUCUUCGGAACCUUUUUAUCCUUACACAUUUGAGAAGCACGACCCAAUUGAGGAUGAUCGAGUUGAUCCAUUGACUCUGCUGCCUCUUCCGACUGAAUCUGUGAAUGGACACACUCAACGUACCAGAUCCCCUGGACGUGAGAGUUCCCCUCAACGCAAGGUUUCUGCAGUACCCAAGGCUCCCGAAGCACGGGCGCAGCACUCCGCACCAGCGAUCAGCAAAGGAAAGGCACCUGCUACCUCCCUCAUAGGCUCUCAUACUACCUCGUCAUCAAAACCACUCCAGACCUCUGUUCCGAUGUUAGAUCUCCAUUUCGAUGCACUCCACGAGCUGUCUCAGGGCCUCGGACAGGGAUUGAAUGGCAAGACAAGCCAGUCUGUCCAAACUGUGAGAGCAGAUUCCGAGGCUAUGACCAAAGGGUCUAUUUCGGAUAGAGAGGUAGCAAAGGUCUUGCAAGACUCGGGGGCAAAUGGAUCUAACGGAGUGCUUCUUCAGCUUUCUGAAGAAGAUGACAAGGAAAAUAUUGGAUCCAUCAACCGUGGCCCCUUCCAAGAAACUUCAAGUGAAACUAUCAAGAUUCAACUCGAAACUAGCAGUGAGCAGCUCGAGAAAGAACUUGCUGCGCCUACUAUGGGAGCCACAAGACAAUGUGAUGAGAAUCUCGCCGAGACUCAGGUCGCUCACCAGCAGCCAACCCACGGGAGGCGCACUACGGGUACCGAAGCGAUGGCAUCAUUCGACCUGAUCGACACCAGUCCCUUUACAGUUGAAGCUCAGCCUUCUUCGUAUACCAUGGCACUUGAAGAAAUCGCCAAGCAUCAGGAUUCGAGCCGGAUGCCCGAGACUGACAGCUUCAAUUCCGGUCAUCCUCGGUCACGGAUCAAAGAGGAGUCCCCAGAGUCCCCAGAUCCUGCCGUCAAGGCCGAGUCAGAUACCACAGAUGACCGAUUACAAUCCAUCGAGUCCGAGGUGAGCCGGGAUGUACCUAGCUCACAAAUUCCAUCCAAAAACUUGAUCAACGCAACUGUCCUUGCCAACGUGCCCCUUGGAAUAGGUUUGAGUAAACCAUCUCUCAUCAUUCUGUCAGCCUUGAAUCGUGCAGACUAUGAAGAGCUUUCAAAGAACUUUGAUGAGAGCCUCUAUUGGCUACAACAAACCGGCAUGUACAGCUCUGGCUCGCUCAAUGAGUUCGCUGCAGUACAUGAGACUCUAAAGCACCUUGGCAGACGCACCCAAUUCAAGAUGCUUAAUAACGAGGAUCGCAUCAAGGUUGCAGCUGUGGUGUACUACAACCUCAAAAAGCUCAAGGUCGGCGGGGUGGCGAGGUACAACGCAAAGUCUUUAACUGCGUUGCGUCGCCUUGCCCAUCCUUGCCCUCCGGCCAUUACCUUGGUCAAUUACAUUUUGGUGUCGUCACCCGGAAGACGUCCUAUACGUCAGACAGGACCAAUCCCGGCGGCCCCAGUGUUACGAUCAUCAAGCAGAGACCGAAGCCGCUCUCCUAAUUCAUCUGAGGCUGCAUGUCAGUCAUCCUCAAAGCAAACAUCUUCAUCGACGGCAGCCCAGUCAGCCCGCUCUGCAGAACCGGUCGCAAGAACCGCACAAGUAGACCGACCUGUGCCUGCCCAUCUUCGAAGUAUGGGCCAUGGACCUCAUCAAUCCUUGUAUCAUUAA